CACCAGCAGAGGGAUCUCAAACACUGGGGAGAGAGGUGAGGCGGUUCCCGCAAUCACUGCAUCCUCUCCCCGCCCCCGAUCCAGGUGCAGCCUCAGGCUUUCUCCAUAGACAUGGGGUAUCUGUUGCUCAUCGCCACCCAGGCAGAGACUCUGUGAUGUGUGAAUUGUGAACUUACCUCUAGGAAAAACACUUCUUAAGAAUUAGUUUGGAUCAGUGCUAUGAUGGAGGAGCCCAUGCCUGUGGAGGAAAAGAGUCAGCCACCAAGUCCUCAUCAUGGCUCCCUCAGGAAGGUAAUGGCUGCUGCCUUGGCCCUAGAUGGAGAAGCCACAAUGAGCCGAAGGAAAAAGAAAAAGAAGGAAUCUCGGCCAGAAUCUAUUAUUGUCUAUCGGUUAGAAAAUGAAAAAGCAGAGGAGGAACAGGAAGAAUAUGAAGAAGGAGAACGGUCCGUGGAGGAGGAGGGGGACAGGUUCCUUGGUCACCCUAUGGCUGAAGGUUUGUGGAACAUACCCCAAGACAGCCGCUAUGUCACAUUAACAGGCACCAUCACUCGGGGUAAGAAAAAGGGUCAGAUGGUAGACAUCCAUGUUACUUUAACAGAGAAGGAGCUACAGGAAUUGACCAAGUCAAAAGAAUUAGCAAACGAUGCUGCCCCAGAGGGAAAGAAAACCUGCCAAAUUGGAGCAGACCGCGGUCCUCAUGUGGUCCUGUGGACAGUGGUCUGCCUGCCGGUGAUUUUUGUCCUUUCUUUCAUUGUUUCUUUCUACUAUGGAACCAUCACUUGGUACAACAUUUUCCUGGUAUACAAUGAGGAGAGGACCUUUUGGCACAAGAUUUCCUGCUGCCCCUGCCUCAUCCUUUUUUAUCCAGUCCUCAUCAUGGCUGUGGCUUCUUCUCUGGGUCUCUAUGCUGCUGUGGUCCAGCUCUCGUGGUCUUGGGGAGCAUGGUGGCUGGCUGCCCGGGACAUGGAGAAGGGCUUCUGCGGCUGGCUCUGUAGCAAGCUUGGCUUGGAAGACUGCUCACCCUACAGUAUUGUUGAACUGCUGGAGUCUGAUAACAUCUCUGGCAGCCUCUCCACCAAGGAUGCUACUCAGGGGGAAGAAACCUCUGCUGUCUAACUGCCCCAUUUCUUCCCCUACACCAAACCCCAGCUUUCCAGAGUGGACCAACAGUAUGACUCUUUAUGUGCCAUUUCAAAGUUGUAAAGAGUACAUGGGAACAAUACUGGACCAAUGAUACCUUCCUUAUUCUCAGUAAACUUAGCUUUCCCUAGACAUUAUUUCUAAUAUCUGUCAACCUGCCUGUUUUGGUGGUUCAGUCUGGAAUCCCAUGGUGACAAGGAUAGAUAGAGAUGGAGUGAAUGACUGGGUGGAGAAACAGUGUUUCUCUCUUCCCCAUCCAAAGGAUAGAGAGGAUGGUGGAGAGGAGGAUGAUUACAAGGACUCUGAUAGCAGCCCAGAUCCUCAUUUGGUUAGGUUUCUCAACUCAAUAUACUAUGUAACUCAGGAGACUCUGUAGGGAAAAGGGACCAAAAGGAGACCAAAUUCAUUAAGAAAAUUGGAGUGGGGGGGGGGCAGUGAAAUGACACAGUGGAUAGCACACCAGCUCUGAAGUCAGGAGGACCUGAGUUCAAAUCUGGUCUCAGACACUUAAUAUUCCUUAGCUGUGUGACCCUGGGCAAGUCACUUAACCCCAAUUGCCUCAGCAAAAAAAUAAAAAAAAUUUGGAGCAGGAAGUGAAAUUAAGUAUCAUUUAGGAGAGCAAAAACAAUCAUACUUCACAGACAAUACAACAGCAAAAAGCUUGAAAUAUAAAGUUACUAUCCUAAGACUUUGAGAGUUUAGCCUCAAAGGGUGAUAAUUUUGAUUUUUCUUUAAGCUGCAUAUUACAGAAAGGGGACUAGAGAAAUAGCAAUGUGCACUUUGUAAAUAGAGGUAUAGAAUAUAAUUUUUCAGGGGAGAGGGGAGGGUGGGAAAGCACUUGUGUAAUUAGCAGCAUAGCUCUCUUAGAAUAAAGGUUGGAACUAAAUAUAGUACCAAAGUAGAAAGCAUAUGUAGCCAUUCAUGUGAAAAAAUCAAAAGCCUUCUGAUGGAGUAGAGUCAGCCCAUUUUGGAAAAAGGCAGAUCAUUUCUAGCAUUCAACAGAAGAUACAGGGGAGCAUGUGGUAGAAAACUUUAAUUUGUCUUCCUGGCACUAAAGGAUUAAUUCCCCAAAUUAAUAGUUUUAGGUCAUUCACUGCCCCUAUAAAAUGGUCCACCUUUCCCUGUCUCUUAUUUAGAGACUUAUUUUUAUUUUUAAAUCUUACCCCUAAAAAGGAGGUAAAGGUUAGAAUUGCCAAUCUGUGUUUGCUGUGGCUCAACCUUCUUUGAUAUCCCUGCUCCCAGUCUACUUGGGAUAGCAAUAUAACAAAGCUAGAGCCUAACUUAGGGCAUAUCAGCCCAACUUCUGGUGCUGUACCCCACACCCAAGGAGGAGUGAAAUGUGAUGGGGAUUUAGGAUUUUUUUUUAAGUUUUAAUUUUAGCUGUACAUUUCUGAAGAGCAAAAAUGAUAACACUGGUGCUUUGUGUUUUUUGCAGAAUUUGGUAUGUUGGUGUAAUAGAAACAAAACAAUAAAAAAUGUUAAUAAUUUAAA